AGAUGGGUUAUGUUUAUCAUGUGUAUACAUAACCUCUAAUCGUUUUGGAUGUUAUUCAGAGCACAUCACUUAUUUUAUAAAAUUCAGCAGUCAAAUAAAAAUUAAUUCUGUCGGUUUUCUAAUUAUAUGUUAUCUGAAAUAUAUCGUUCUUUAUUUUUAUGAUUAGUUAAGUUUCAUUAUAAAUAAAUCAUUUUAAAGAACACAAAAUCUGCAAAGGAUUUUUUCCUGAGUUGAGAUUGGAGGAGUCAAGUAUGUAAAAGAAGUAAUACGCAACUAUUUUUACAAAAACACAAUUAUGUUAGGUACUUCCAAAUAUUUUUUACAUAUAUCUUCUAUACAAAGUAUGUAUCAGCCAUUCAUUAAAAGGUAUUCUUCAAAAAACAACAAAAUUAAAAAGUUAAUGAAAGAAUACAGAUCAGUUUUUGGUCCGUUAAUUGAAACAAAGACUGAAAAAGAAAAAAGAUUGAAAUUAGAAAAGAAAGGAGAAAUACCUUGUGAAGAAUCGAAUAUGGUAAAUACAGAAUUGUUUUGGGUUAUGGAAAAUUCUGCCAGUAAACUCAGAAGGAUUGUUACUACACACCGACGAAAUAAACAAUUAAAUGAUACAGAUCAGAGUCAUUCUAUAAAAGAAUGUAGCAAGAUGGAAAUUAAAAGUUCAACUGAUCAAAGUACAAAAGAUCUCUCUCAUUCUGAUUCUGCUCAAGUUGCCCAGGAAACAGGCAAUAGAUUUACUGAUGCAACACCUAAUGUGUCAGCAAAAAAUAGUGAUGACAAAAUUACAUUGUCUAUUUCAAAUGUAUCUGACAAUGAAAACGCUGCUACAAAAUAUAUGUUUUCCAAUUUUGAAAAAUUACCCGACAUCAUUAUAAAGAAUUUGCCAUCUUUUCCAAUUAUAAGCAAUAAACAAGAAUUUCCUGUACAAUCAACAGAAAUAUUAUCUUUAUCUGUAAAGGAUGAUCUAGAAACAAUAAAAUUUCCCAGCAUAACUAAAAUUCUUAUGCAAACCUUGUCACCAGAGUCAAAGCUGGCUUUAGAGGCAUGGAAAGAAAGAAUGAUAAAAAAGCUGGGACAAGAAGGAUUCGAAGUGCAUCAGAAAGCAUUGUUAGAAGAUGGAACAUCCUUGCAUUUGUGCAUAGCACAAAGCCUGCUGGGGAAAGAGUAUGAGGUUCCCUCGAGAAUAGAACCAGUUUUUAAGAGCGUUCAAUGUGUUUUGGAUAAUGUGAGCCAUGUGAAAGCGAUCGAGACACAUGUGGCUCACAUGAAAUUACGUUACAAAGGCGUAGUCGACUGUAUAGCCUCUUAUAGGGGCGAAAAUUACGUAAUCGAUUGGAAGAAAUCUGACAGAAAGAAAUUGGAUUUGAAGCAUACGUACGACGCGCCUGUACAACUCGCCGCGUACAUCGGAGCCAUCAAUGCUUCUAAUCUGUAUCCCUUUGUGAUAAAGCGGGGUUUAGUCGUGAUUGCUUACACGUGUGGCGCACCAGCAACGGUGCACGAAGUGUCCGACAACACGUUGCAGCAAUACUGGACAGCGUGGCUGCGUCGCCUGCAAAAGUACUAUGUCGAAACGACGAGCGGUGACAACAACGAGAACAUUCACCAAUAAAGCGUUAAUGUACCGCGUCGCAAAUAUUCAUUAAAACUUCCCCACACAAAGCCAAUUAAAUCCUUAUCCGUCAGCCACAGGUAACUCCCGACAGGAGUCGGUGGGAGAAGUUUUUAAUUCCAUCCUUUGCGCGCCAGAAGUUGCAAUAAUCUAUAGUCUUCGGGGAGUAGUUGGGAAAGCCCUCUCUCCGAGAGUCCGUAGGAAACCAAAGGACGCGGUAUACGGAAAGAGAGGGAAACCACGUCGAUACGCCGACUUAUUAAGCCCUGCCGUGGGCUCAGCAUUUAUGAUUUAUGGCAAACCUAGGCGCAUUUGCGCAACGCUCGGAGUAACGAUUAAGAAAAAACAAGAACUAUUAUCGCGACACACAGUAAUUUGCAAAAUACAUUUAUGCUGUUAUUAAAAGUAUUGUAAUUUAUGAAAGCUGUAUUUUUAUAAAGUUUGUAAAACCUCAGAAAACCGGCGAAGAUUAAUGUUCCCUGAUCUACUUUGUAAAGUUUGACGAUUAAAGCUUUUUCCGAA